AUGGUGGCUUCCGCAGCAGUUGACGGCUGGGACGCCUCACUGACGAGCGCGGAAGGCGGAGGCGGAGGCGGCGGCGACGCCGGGGGCGGCACAGGGCCCCGAGUCUCCAGCGCGGCGGAAGGGAGAAAGCGGGCGCGGCCCGCUGCUCGGCCGUAUGGCGGACACGUCGCGCGCGCCCGCACGCUCCCGUUCACGUUCACGAUCGCGUCGCUGGAGCCGCUGUGCCGCGCCGCCUUCCGCAUUCAGUGCAGCCGCGUGGACUCUCAUCUUGCGCGAAGAGCACGACGGGACGCGGAGGCCCGGGCUAAAGCUGGCGGUUGUGCCCUAGACCGGACGGAGGCAGCGUCAAGGAAUGCUUGUGAGUGCGUGGGCGCCGGCGCCGGAGGAGACACAGGCGCCGCUGGAGCCCAGCUGAGUCAGUCUGCGGCGCGGCGCAUCCGGAUAUUUGCACAGGAGAGAGGGGCCGCCUCCGGCACCAGCACCGGCGUCCGGCCCGCUCGCUCGCUCGCCAUGACUCACGGCCUCUGCCGGCUGAAGCGAAAGAAACUGGCGCAGGCAGCCCUUGAAGGCGACGCACAGAGUGCGGCCAUCUGCAGCGCGCAGCUGCGCGGCCCGCCGACGCCGUUCCCCUGGGGCCGCGGUCGGGCCCCCGUUCCGGCCACUUCACGCAGCCGCAGACGCCGCAGUUUUCCUACCGAGACGGCCUCCGGCUCGUGGGAGGUGACAGAACUUAAUGCGCUGUACCGGAAGAUUUGGCUCUAUGUCAGAGAGACAGAAACAUUGCAGCAACAAGCAUCGGCAGAGUUAAAUGAGAAAGCGCACACUUACAUUAACACUGCUUUCCGUGAUACUUCAAAUCUGUACAUUGCAGCUCGAGAAAGGUUGGUGGACGAGUAUGAAGUAUAUUAA